AAACAAAACCCUAAUUAUCUUUAAGCUUAUCUAAUAUCAACUGCUCACUCCUAAUACACAGAAGAAGAAAAAAAAUUUAAAUUAUAGGUAGAUAAAUAUACGUCGAAUUCAUCUGGAAAAGGAACUAUUUUUUAAAUUAAAUACGUAAAGGAAUAGGAUCAUAAUAAUAAAUAUUAAUAUGAAACAUAUAAAAAUCAGAUUUUCAUAAGUGAUGAGUAUGAAUUAAACAGCUCUUCUCCUCUCCUACUUCUGAUCUCCGAUCUCCCUCCUCCCAUCCCCGCCAUCUGCAGAUCCGAUCCUGCGCCCCGGCCUUCUUCUGUCGGUCUCUCUCCGCCGGAUCGCUCUAGGUGUAGACUGAUUGAUUGAAUGAGUGGUUAAUUUGGUGUCUUCGGAUCCGUUUGUUUGGUGUGGUUAAUAAGGAGGAAAACAGAAAUUUUACUAAUAAGAGUAGGAAAGAAUUAUGGGAAUGCCAGCUGAAUCAGAAGUUUCAUCUAAUGGUAAUGUCUGCGAUAAUGAUAACGAUAAUCUAUCUGCCUCUGGCGCCGUUAAAUUGGUAUCUUCCGACUGUAAGGGCAACGGUGUGAUUAUUCAAGGUGGUGAUGGUGACGGUGGCGGCGGUGGAGAGGACCACUCAGGAACUGGAAAGCAGGGCGUCAAUUUUUCUAGUGAUGAUACUAAUCCCAACUUGAAUGUUUUUGUCCCUAGCAACGAUGAUUCUUCUAUUCCUGUUCCAGUUUCUGAGCCUUCCGAUGGUAAUGACGACAAUGGUGACAGUAAUGAGGGUCUAUCUGAGGAUGUGCCCAAUGGAAAACACACUGCUACUGAAGUGGAUCAUGGUUCACCGAGCAAAUCUGAUGUUGAUGGCGAUUAUGAUAGUGUGGAUACCUUAAACCGUGAUUCCUUGAACAAAGCUGAUGAUGUAGAGAGUGAUAGUUUCCCUGGUGCUGCAACCAAAGUGAUUUUAGACAACGGUUCAGUUUCCGGAGAGAUGGAUUUCAAGUCAUCUGCUGCAUCUGAGUUGGAUGAUCAGGAAACUGAGGUUGCACCUUUGGCUUUGGAGUCGGUCACUGAAGGAGUUGACCCUAAUGAACCAGGGCAGGAGGAACUUCCGGGCCCUGAUGUGGAUGUUAAUGGAGCCAACAGUCUUGUACUGGAUUCAGCAACUGUUUUGUUGGAUAAUGGUACUGAGUCACUUCAUGUCAACCGUGAACCUCAGGAGGAUGCCAUUUUAGUGUCUUCUAUCUGUAGUAAAUCAUCAGAAGGUGUAGUUGAUUCUGAACCUUCUGCUGCAGCAUCUGUUGAGGAUCAUCAAGAUUCUGAAGUAGCUGCUGGUUUCUCUUUGGAGUCAGUUGUAGUCAAAGUUGACAGUCAUGAACCGGACUUAGCUGCUACUGAGUCUGGUGAUGUCCUCCAUGAACCUGAGGAUGACGUUUCUGUUUUAAUCAGUAGUGAGUCUGUAGAAGUUGAUGAUUUCAGCCAGUCUGCCUCCACCAAACAACAGAUCGAUGAUGCUCAUGGUAAUCUUCCGGCUGGCACUGUAAUGUUUCUUCAAAAUGGGACAGUUGAAGAUUCUGCAGUUCAUCAUGUGAUUGAUCCAGAGCCAUCUCCUGCACCUGAACAUUAUAAUCAGAAACCUGAGGAUGCAGCUGCAGAUUUGGAGUCAGAUGUACAUUCUGUGGUUUUGUUAGAUACCACAAGAUCUGCGGAUGAGCCUCAGGAAGAGAUUUCAGUUAUGUUCACUAAUAAAUGUUUAGAAGCUGAUGCCAGCCAGUCUGCCAUCACCAUCCAACAGAAUGCGGGUACUGAUGAUCGUACUGCUGGGACCCAAGUGAUUCUGCAAAAUGGAGAAGCUGAAGAAUCUGUAGUUUGCAAGCUUGUUCACCAUGAGAUUGGUUCAGAGGCCUCUCCACCACCCGGACAUGAUGGUCAGGAAUCCGAGGUUCCAGCUUCACUUUUGGAAUCAGAUGUAGAUAUAGUGCAUAGUCACAAACCAGAAUUGGCAGUUGAUAAGUUGCAGGAAGACAAUAUACUUCCAAUCAGUAGUAAAUCGUCAGAAGCUGAUGUCAGCCAGUCCACUACUGCCGAACAUAAUUUAAAGUCUUUUAAUAAUGAGUUAGUUGGACCGCAAGAAUCUGAUGCUACUUGCUCUGAUCCUCAGCAGGCUGAGGUUCAGCUUGACACAGAGCUAGUUACUCUGGCGGAGCAAGCAAAACCUGAAGUACUGGACCAGUUACAAUCCUCUCCUGUUGAUAUUAGUGAGACAAGUACUGAGCUUCCAUCAGGACCACAGCAACACCAGCAAACUUUUGAUGCAAUUGUUGAAAGUGUUCCCUCUGGUCUGGAUAAGGAGAAUGAGGCUGAACAAUCUAAAUACGAAGUUGAUUUGACUUCUUCAACAGAGACGACCAUUGGGACUGUUCCAAGUCAUACCGAAGACCAUUUAUCUGUUCCUCCUUCUAGUGGUGGUUCUCAAGAUGUCAACGAAAUGAACGAACUGGAUGAGUCUUCUGCUUCUGGUUACGGCUUAUCUUCAUCGCCAAUUUCUAGGGAUGACAAAGUUCAACAUGAGAUUAAUGUUGAUGCGGCACGCUAUCCUGACAUUGAAGUUCCUGAUGAAAUCUCGGUUAAGCUUCCGGAGAUUGCUAGGGAACAUGAAACUGCACUUGAGGCUGUGAUCUCAGCUGAAAGUAAUGUAAUUAAUACAGACGAAGUUACUGAAUCAGCGACUGAUCUUGGGAGUGAAAUUAGUAAAAUCCCUGAAGGUGGCAUAUCCUGUCCUGCUACAGAUGAAAGGUCGGCAGAUAUUGUGACAUCAAAAGAUGUUAGUGAUGAAAAGUUUGUUCACAGUAUGCAUGCAUGCUCUGCUGAUAUCACAACCCCCAUAACUGAAUUUGAGCUUGGAAUCACUGACUCUAGGGGAAAAGUGUCGAUUCAUCAUGUUGACGAUGCAUCUGACGCACCCAAAGUUGUGAUUUUGCAUGAGCCCACAGCUACUCAUUCUGUGCCAUCUCAUGCCGAAGGAAGACCUGCAGUUGACGAAAUGAACUCUGCUACUAUGGAUAGUGAAGAUUGUGCUCUUGCUUGCAAACCAGAGGUAUCCGAUAAUUCCAUCGCUGCUGAUGAAAAUACUCCAAACUCAAUUCUCAAGAUAAAGGAUGGUGAACAGGAGGGACAUCAACUGCCAGAAAGUGAUAUUCAAAAUGAUGACAAGCUAAUAGGCCAAGAGAGUGAGAGUGUGGAGAAAUCCCACAGCGAUGAGACAUCUAUGCGCUUGCUUGAUAGUUCUACCGGUGAUGCUUUAGCAGGACAGGAUGCAUCUGUUGGGCUCUUGACAAGGCCAUUCCAGUUCUUGAUUAAAAUACCAAGAUUCGACGAUUCCAACAUUAGAGAACAGAUCAAGCAUGCUCAAUUACAGGUUGAUGAGAAGACAAAGAUUAGGGAUGAUUUUCGUCAAGAAAUACAGAAGCUUAAAGAAAACUGCUAUGACUAUUCUGCUGAACGUGAGGCUGCAUGGUCCGAUGCAAGGUCCUCCAAACGAUCACUGAAGGCUAAGCGUGUAGAGAUAGAUUCUCUCCAGGUUGUGAUUAAUAAAGUGAAGAAUGCAAUUUCUGUUGAAGAUAUUGAUGCGCGGAUCUACCAUAUGGAACAUAUGAUUCAACAUGAAACUCUACCUCUGAAGGAGGAAAAGCAAUAUAUUCGUGAAAUCAAGCUAUUAAAACAGCACCGUGAGCAAUUAUCUUCCAGCAUUGGCAACCAGGAUGAAGUCCAACAGGCCUUGAACGAGAGAGGAGAAAUUGAAGAGCGUUUGAAGAUAUUGAGAAAGGAACUGGAGCAUCUGAAAGAUGAGGUCUUCAAAAAGGACGCGAUUGCCCGAGCGGCAGAGAAAAAGUUUGAAAAUGAGAAUACGAAGUUCAAGGAACUCAGAGCUCAGUUUGAACAAGCCAAUGAUACUCGCCAGUUAGCUUGGCAGCAUUUACAAAGUUUGAGAAAAGACUUGUAUGAUAAAAAUAAACUAUUUCGUACAUAUAAGGACAAUGCAGCGGCAGCAAGUGAUUUUGCAGCGACAAGAGACACAGAAGCAUUGCAUCGUCUCUGUCAUAAUCAGGUGGAGACUAUCAUGGAUUUGUGGAACAAGGAUGAUGAAUUCCGUAAAGAAUACGUGAAGUGCAAUGUGAGAAGCACGGUUAGGAGAUUAGGAACACUGGAUGGUCGGUCCCUUGGGCCUGAUGAGGAACCACCUGUAUUGCCAAGUUUUGAAUGGCUGGAUCGAUCGGUUUCCAAACCAACCAACACUGUUUCUGUGGUUGAAACCCCACUUCCAAAACAAGUAAACCAAACAAAACCUGUUAAGAAUGUUUUGGCAGCUGAGCAUAAAAAGGUAACAGAGGGAGAAGAAAAGAACCAAACCUCCAAAAAUACGGAAGUGGUGAGGCAAACACAAACUUUGGGAAAUGGAACUGGCCCCACUGUCCUUCAGGUUAGGGAGAGAAAUGAUGAGAUUAGUGAGAAGGAAUAUAUUCCAACAAAGGAGGAGCUGGAAUUGGCAAGGAAGGAAGAGGAGUUGAGGAAAAAAGAGUCUGAAGCUAAAUUGAGAGAACAGCGGCGUGUAGAGGAGAAAUUGAAGGCUCUUGAGGCAGUGGAGAGGAAAAAGAGGAUUGCCGAGAAAGCCCAGAUGAGGGCUGAAUUACGAGCACAAAAGGAAGCAGAGCAAAAAGAGAAGGUAAUGUUUUCACUUCCCAUUAUGUAUGUAAUUAGGGGUGAAGGGUUCUUGUUGGCAGCAGGUUCAAGGAUACGAAACUUUCUGUUCCAGUUUCCACGAGACAAAAUUAACAUGUUUAAACUUUAAAUCAGUUUCUUGUGUAUGGUUGUAUCACCUUGGAAAUAAAUAGGUCUUGUUUGUGCGCACAAUACCCCGUUCAAAUGCAUAAUAGUUGGACUUGAAAUGACAGUUUCAUUUUAAUAUGUGCAGGAACGGGAGAAGAGGUUGAGAAAGAAGGAAAGAAAGAAGGGCAAUGGAUCAGAAGUUUUGGAUGGAAACAAUACUGGGGAAAGCACUCCCAGCUCUGAGAUUGUGGCAGAAACAAUCAAAGAGGCCGAAGUUAAAGAUGCAUUUGCAGCUUCUUCGGCUUCAAAAAGGCCUCAAAAACCAUCGCUUAUCACCAAGCAGAGCAAGGCAAAAUCUAUCCCUCCACCUCUUCGCAACAGAAAUAAAAAGAAAAUGCAGCAGUGGAUGUGGAUCAUUGUUACGUGCUCCCUUGUCAUUGUUCUGUUCGUGCUUGGGAAUGUGGGCUUCUUCUCUAAUAUUUCCAAUCUUAAACAGCGGAACCUCUACAGCCUUUGAUUAUGAUUUUUUCCGUGUCGGAAUUAGAACAAGUUUUUGAGACAGUAUAGGUUAGAUACCAGAUUAAGAGGCCAUUAUAACUUGAUUCUGCUUCCUUUUUGGCUUAAACUUGAAGUCGAACAGAAAGAGAGAGAGAGAUGUUACAUUAUCACAGCAUGAACUAUCGAAACAGAAUGAUAUACAUGAUUAGGCAUUUUUUCUCUUUGAUCGGUUAGCAUUUAUGUGCAUUGUGUUGUGAGAUGGCCUUAAUAUUCCGGCUGAAAGGCUGUCAAAUCUCGCUCCAUGUCCAAUUGUUUGCUUGCACACUCGAGAAUGAACGAGGAGAUAUUUGAUUUAUGGCAAAAGAAAAAAGAUAUCAUUCCGUGUACAUAGUAAUUCGGAAGAUAUCAUUAUUGUCUUCAGUUUGAAUUCUUAUUUGGACGGAAGAAAUUAUUUUUAAGGACAGCGACAUAAUUUUAUUUUUGUACUCA